CGGCACGAGCGUCCCAGUCGCGACAAGCACUCGUUUGUUAUCCGCAGCGAGCGUAUGCCUUGCAAAUAAGUAUGUCUGGGUCUGGAGAAAUGCCAGGCUUGUCAUGCAUAUUUUCCAUGACCCAUGAUGUCUAUGAUGCAUGCCCUAGCAUCACAGAUAUUGCGAGGGCUUUCUGAUGCUCAUACCGCUUGAGAAAUGCCCUGCCCACGUAGGAAACACUAAGCCCCUUUUGGUUUUCAUGCAAAACAGAUUUUAUGUAGGAUCCAAAGGCACCAUCACAAGUUGCACCAGACAGAUUUGCACUGGAUAGAGCGCUCUCGCGAACGACAAGACUUCCCUGGUGGAGAUCAAUCCGGAAAAUCAGACGCUUUCCUUUCUGACUGACCGGGUGCCGAACUUGUUUCAAAAUCACGAGUGGCACUUGCGUCAGCCCGAUGGGUACCUGGUCAACGAAGAGGGCAGUCAUUUAGUUUUCCGUUCGACGCCGCCGCGGGAAAUCCCGGUUUUGGAGACGUUCGGAGGUACUUUCAGUCUUUAUCGAUUUCUAUACACGUGCCGCAGCUGCUCGUCCGGGCUACAUCAUCUUACAGUAUGUCAUCUUUUCUUGAUGUUCCUUCACCCGUUUUUUUUUUAGCAUCAGUUACCUCCUCUGUAGAUUUUGAAAUGGCGAUAAGUCUUAUAUAUGAGCAGGAGGCGAAGGCGUUAUGUCACGCAAGUUUUCUCUUGACUUGAGUCGUCCACCUCGUGCAACAUGCAUCAGCACACCAGAAAGACGUUUUACAGAUCUGAUCUACUUCUAUCAGGGGCGCCCUCCAUGCCGCAGCAUGGGCUGGAGAACCUGGAAGUAUUUCAACCCGUGACUGCCAACCCGGAGGGCGAUAUCGUAUUCAAAAACGUCCCCACACCCAGCCCAUAGUUGUAAUGCAAACCUGCAUGCUCUUGAAAAUGUUUCUCAUGCGGAGCCCCAUGAGAUUAGUCGUGUUUUGGAAUUUGUCAUGCUCAGCAUGAUGUACUAGAUCAGAUCUGUGAUGCUGCUCAACUACCUCAAACAGCACUACGCUACGAGUCCAGCUUUGUGUUGCAAAACAGCCACAGCUUGUGGAUUUGUCUAGCCGAUUCUCCAUCUUGACUGUGGUGUGGGGACGUUUUUACAUAGGAUAGACGACCAGGUUUCCCCUUUCAAAAUGCUCCCAGAAGACUUGCAGAAGUUCUACGCGGAGUACUAUCAUGACGACUACUACAUUACCGGCAAAGCCUAUGCAAGAAAAAAACUGUGUAAGUGUAAAUUUGUGUUGCGGACGAUGCAAGACAAUUACCCCUGUCAUGCCGGACAUGCAUCACAGGCUUUUUCCGUAGCUGUUUUCUGGCACUGGCUUACGCAUGACAGGUUUAUUUCUGUGUCAUGCAGAGCAAACUUGUGAUGCUAUUCCAAUUCCUCCAAGAUAAAAGUUACACUAACACAGUUUUUUUCUUGGAUAAAGCCCCCGACGCCAGCACGGUGCGCGGUCUGCAAGAGGGUC